AAAAGAGUCUGUGAUAUGUUUUCUGGAGCUGUAACUGUAGCAUGUGAUGAGCCAGGCAGCUCAGUUCUUGCCUGUUUGGGCUCUUCUUCCAUCAACACUGAGUCUUAUCUAUCCUACAAUUUGCAUAUGCUGAAGAGUGUUCUGCCUUCCAAGACUGCACUAGUCAAAGGAUUUCAUCAGGGCGGAGGGUUUGAUGGACCUGGUGGAUUUUCUUCACCUGGUGGUUUUGGCUCACAGCAACAAUCAGAUGAAAGAAAGGGACGAUCAAGAGCGCAGAACUUAGUGCCGUGCACAGUUGCUCAAAUACUUAAUGCUUCACAGAACAAUGAUGACUUUUUCUCAGGAAACUUGCAGAUUUCACAGGUAACACUGGUGGGGCUGAUCAGAUCUGUCAAAGAAUCACCGACACGUGUGGAAUAUGAGAUAGAUGACAUGACGGGGCCACCACUGGAAGUUCGACAAUUUGUUGAUACGGAUGAAAAUGGUCAAGAAGAACAGAGGGCACCGGCAUUGAGGGAGAACACGUAUGUUCGAGUGUAUGGUCAUGUCCGGUCUUUUGCGGGGAAACGCAAUGUGACAGCCUUUAAGAUCACGCCAGUUGAAGACAUGAAUGAGCUGACAUGCCACAUCUUAGAGGUUUUAUACUCAAAAGCCCAAAGCAGUAAUUCAGUACCAGAUACCAGACCUCAUAAUACCUCAGCAGUGGUUGGGAACAGAAAUAUUAAUGACUACAGCAGCAACAGCUACGGUCUUUCUGGUCUCCAUCAGCAGAUUGCUAAUGUGAUUAAAAAUAGCAGCUCACAAAUGGGAGCCAGCAUAAAAGAAGUUGCAGAAAACCUAAAAGGGGUUCCAGAAAAGGCAAUCAGGGAGGCCAUAGAGUUUUUGAGCAGUGAGGGGCACAUUUACUCUACAGUUGAUGAUGACCAUUUUAAAACAACAGAUGGCUGAUUCCAAUGUGUGAUUACCAACUUUUAACAUUGAAUAUUAGGACUAUGCAAGCAAAAGCAGCACAUGUUGUUCCAUUUAUAAUUUGUUUAUAUCAGAUUCAGUAGUGUAACAAAGUGGUAAAACUGUAACUGAUUAUCAGUAACAAGAAUGCUGCUUUGCAGCUACUAUGAAACUUUUGAGUUUUCA